CAAACUUCUACACCACUCUGUCUUUCUCCUUUCUCUUUCCCUGUUUCUGUGAUUCAAUCACUCACAAUCUCUCAAAAAUCCCAAGCUUCUUCUACUCUCACCAACAUUUACGAAGUUGAAGACAUUCAAAUCUUGAUUCAGAACAAUCUACAAUGGUUUUAUCAAUUCCUGGAACUUCCACUCUGAAGCCACCCAAAAAACGGCCAUUUGAAAACCAUGAUCACCAUCAAUAUCAAAGUUUUCCUCCAAAAUUCAGGCGUCCAAAGGUUGAUGCUGUGCGGGAUUGGCCAAGAUUGUGUGGAAAAUUUACUCCUCCAACUGAUUCAAAUGUAAUUGGAGAUAACAUUGCUUUUGGGACAGCUGGAAACUUGCAAGCUCCUGUCGCGAACGGUAUUCAGGGGAGCCCGUCCACAAUUGAUGCUGAAGUCACAAGGGAUAAAGUUCCUAGAAGUUAUCCUCCACGUAAAGUCUUGAAGAACUAUCCUGUUGUAAGGGAUUUUCCGGCAGGUUUCAAAUCUGCUUCUUCCUCUACAAACAAGAAUUCUGCUAGUGAGAAGUUCAAUGCAGAACCUAGACCAUUAGAAAUUAUAGAAACAUGUCCUAAAUCACUUGGAUGGGAAAUGCAGGGUGGCAGGGCUUUCAAUGGUGCCUUAGAAAGGAGUUCUUAUGAAGAAAGUAAUGAAGUUAAGAGGAAGAUUGGAGGGGAAGUUGGUGAAACAUCUGGUGCUGUGGGCGAAUGGGUUGGUGAUGCAAAAGAAGUCUGUAUUUUGCUUGGACAGGAAAUUCAGGUUGGGGAUUCUUUCCAAAGUGCCUUGGAAAGGAGUUCUUGCAAAGAAACUGGAAAUGAAAUUCAGAAUAACUUUGGAGGAGAUGUUGCUGAAACAUACAAAGUUGAGGUCAAAUGUGGUGUUGAUGCAAAAAAAAUGUGUACUUCACUUGGACAGGUAAAGCAGGGUGGGGGAACUUGCAACUGUGCUUUAAAAAGGAGUCCUUGGGAAGCAACCAUCAAUGAAUUUUGGGACAAGUUUGGAGAUGUUGGUGAAACAUCUGGUUUAUUGGUUAGACAGGGUGGUGACACAAAAGAAAUCGGCAUGCACCCCCAAUUAGAGCGGAAUUUGCUCCAAUUGGAUCCUUGGUGCCAGACUUUUGGAAAUAAAGCUGGCCGAGGCAAAAGCGUGUUGAGAAGUACUGGGAAGGAAGUUGAAAUAUGCAGCAAGGACCAGAGUUCCAUGGACCAUCAGACAAUUGUUAACAACAGUAGAGUGCAGGGGGCUCUAAAUCUGUUCCAAGAGUUAUUGGAAAAGCUCACACAUGAAGCAAGUCUAACAAUGAAAAAAGUUAUUAUUAGUAAGCUUCAUGUGGAGGCAGCAAUGACUCUCAAGAGGCAACAAAAGUGGGUUAACACAACCAAACGACUAGGACAUGUUCCUGGUAUUGAAGUUGGUGAUACGUUUCGUUAUAGGGUUGAGUUGUGUAUUAUUGGCCUUCAUAGUCAUUUUCAGAAUGGCAUAGAUUACAUGGAGAAAGAUGGAAAAAUAUUGGCCAUUAGUAUUGUUGAUUCUGGCCGUUAUGCCAAUGACAAGGAAUCUUCUGACAUCUUAAUAUAUUCGGGUCAAGGUGGAAACCCAAUGGUUGGACAUAAGCAGGCUGAAGACCAGAAACUGGAACGAGGAAACCUUGCAUUGAAGAAUAGCAUGGACGCUAAAACUCCUGUAAGAGUUACUCGGGGUUUUCAAGCUACAAAGGUGACUUCCCAGGGAUACACUUAUGAUGGUCUGUAUUUUGUGGACAAGUAUUGGCAGGAAAUAGGUCAAUUUGGUACACUCAUUUUUAAAUAUCAAUUGAAAAGAAUUAGAGGACAACCAAAAUGUAAUCUAAGAGAAUUCAAUGAGUCAAAAAAAUCAAAAGUACGCUGGAAAAUUACGUUCAAUGAUAUUUCACGUGGCAGAGAAUUGAACAAGCCGAAAAAAUCAAAAGUACGAAUGAAAACUAUUUUAAAUGAUAUUUCUCAGGGGAAGGAGGAGAGGCCCAUCCGUGUGGUGAACACAAUUGAUGAUGAGAAACCUCAACCCUUUAGUUACAUUGCCCGAAUGGUAUAUUUAGAGAGUUCCAACUGGUCCAUUCCAAGUGGUUGUGAUUGCACUGAUGGAUGCUCGGAUUCUGUGAAAUGUGCUUGUGUCCUCAAGAAUGGAGGAGAGAUUCCAUUUAACUGCAGUGGGGCUAUUAUUGAAGCAAAGCCUUGGAUUUAUGAGUGUGGUCCUUUGUGCAAGUGCCCUCCUUCUUGUAACAAUAGAGUCAGCCAAAAUGGUAUCAGAUUCCCAUUGGAGGUUUUCAAGACCAAAUCAACUGGAUGGGGUGUUAGGUCUCGAAAUUAUAUUCCAUCUGGAAGUUUUGUAUGUGAGUAUGCAGGCGAGCUAAUCCAAGACAAGGAAGCUGAACAAAGGGUUGGUAAUGAUGAGUAUUUGUUUGAUUUAGGUGGUGGAAUGAAUUGUCUCGAAUCGCAACUAAAUUCUUUUGAGGCCAUGGAUGAUUUACAAUCAAGUUCUUAUAAAGCCAAGGACUAUGGGGCAUUUGCCAUUGAUGCAGCCAAGUUUGCAAAUGUGGGAAGAUUUUUCAACCAUAGUUGUUCGCCUAACCUUUAUGCCCAAAAUGUCCUUUAUGAUCAUGACGACAAGAGGAUGCCUCAUAUAAUGCUAUUUGCUACCAAGAACAUACCUCCCAUGCGAGAAUUAACGUAUGAUUACAAUUAUAUGGUGGGUCAGGUUCGCGAUAUUAAUGGGAAAAUCAAGAAGAAAAGGUGUUAUUGUGGUUCUCGAGAGUGCACGGGCAGGAUGUACUAAGGAGUUUUGUCCUAGAAAUGUGCAGCUAUGGUUGAAUGGAGACUUGACUGUAACACAGACUUUUUUGGAAUCAAAUGAUGCUGGUAAUACACAAAGACUCUUGGAAUCAAAUGGUGACGACAACGGUAACAUAUGUGAUUUGAUCAAAGGAAAUUAAGGGUAGUUGUACAAAAUUAUUAUGUAACCAUGUAAUUAUGCUGAUUUAUGUGAAACUUAUUCCUCUAUAAGUUUCGAACCGAUGUACUCAAUAAAAAGCUAAUUUUUGAGGAAUUUUAGACAUGCUUUUGAUAAAA